AAUUUUAUGUAUAAGCCCAUUUUACAAUUGAGGAAAUUCAACUUUAAUGAAGAAACUGAUGUUUAGUGAGACUAGGCAAAUUCUAUACAAUAGGACCCUACCGCAUAUUAUUUCAUAAAUACUACUUGAUAAAUUCCACCUGGCUUUUAGUCUUAAAAUGAAUAAUCUCCUGUCUUGAUUAUUCCUUGUUGCUUGUCAGUCUUAGGUGAGGUUCACCUUGCUUAAUCGAUUGUCUAGGUCGUGUUGUUUUUUGCUUUAUGCUAACCAUUUUUGGUACUACAACAUUUACCUUGGAAUGGAAAUGUACCAAUUAUAAAUACCUGAUUUCUAUCCCAUUUUUUCUUUAGUGUUUUUGAGACUUUAUUGUAAUCUACAUCUGUAUCGGCAGUGUUUCAGUUUGAUUCUGUAAAAAGGAGAUUUUUAGAAUGCUAUGUAAAGUGGAAUGAAUCUUACUUGUUGAAUAUCUCCUGAUCACUGGCUGGAUUCACUUGUAAAGGAAUCAUUUUCCCCUGUGUGGAGGCCACUUCGUGGCAGAUUUAAUUAUAAAUCCAGGGAUCACAAAGCUUUUUGAUUUCCCGAAGGAGGGAUAUACCACUAUAUCAGAUAAGCUUGACAUUACAGCCAAGAUGGUGCUGUCCCAGAGACAACGAGAUGAACUAAAUCGAGCUAUAGCAGAUUAUCUUCGAUCAAAUGGCUAUGAAGAAGCAUAUUCCGUUUUUAAAAAGGAAGCUGAACUAGAUAUGAAUGAGGAAUUAGAUAAGAAGUAUGCUGGUCUUUUGGAAAAAAAAUGGACAUCUGUUAUUAGAUUACAAAAGAAGGUUAUGGAAUUAGAAUCAAAGCUAAAUGAAGCAAAAGAAGAAUUUACUUCAGGUGGACCUCUUGGUCAGAAACGAGACCCAAAGGAAUGGAUUCCCCGUCCACCAGAAAAAUAUGCCUUGAGUGGUCACAGGAGUCCAGUCACUCGAGUUAUUUUCCAUCCUGUGUUCAGUGUUAUGGUCUCUGCGUCAGAGGAUGCUACAAUUAAGGUGUGGGAUUAUGAGACUGGAGAUUUUGAACGAACUCUUAAGGGGCACACAGACUCUGUACAGGACAUUUCUUUUGACCACAGUGGCAAGCUCCUGGCCUCCUGUUCUGCAGAUAUGACCAUUAAACUAUGGGAUUUUCAGGGCUUUGAAUGCAUCAGAACCAUGCAUGGCCACGACCACAAUGUCUCUUCAGUAGCCAUCAUGCCCAAUGGAGACCACAUAGUGUCUGCUUCAAGAGAUAAAACUAUAAAAAUGUGGGAAGUACAAACUGGCUACUGCGUGAAGACAUUCACAGGACACAGAGAAUGGGUACGUAUGGUGCGGCCAAAUCAGGAUGGCACCCUGAUAGCCAGCUGUUCCAAUGACCAGACUGUGCGUGUGUGGGUCGUGGCAACAAAGGAGUGCAAGGCUGAGCUCCGAGAACACGAGCACGUGGUAGAAUGCAUUUCCUGGGCUCCAGAAAGCUCAUACUCUUCCAUCUCUGAAGCAACAGGAUCUGAGACUAAAAAAAGUGGCAAGCCUGGGCCUUUCUUGCUGUCUGGAUCCAGAGAUAAGACUAUUAAGAUGUGGGACAUCAGUACUGGCAUGUGCCUUAUGACUCUGGUGGGCCAUGAUAACUGGGUACGUGGAGUUCUGUUCCAUUCUGGGGGGAAGUUUAUUUUGAGUUGCGCUGAUGACAAGACCCUACGUGUGUGGGAUUACAAGAACAAGCGAUGCAUGAAGACCCUCAAUGCGCAUGAACACUUUGUUACCUCCUUGGAUUUCCACAAGACGGCACCCUAUGUGGUUACUGGUAGUGUAGAUCAAACAGUCAAGGUGUGGGAGUGCCGUUGAUGGAGCCUCAUGGCCCCUCCUCCCUUGUUCCUCUGGAUGCACUCUGAUGAUACCAUGGUUACCCCAUUGAGCUCUGUUUAAAUAAAUAUUGUCCUUUCAUGUAAAUUAUUCUGGAUGUAGAUUGAGCUUAUUAAAUGUUACACACAAAGUAUUCAUGCAUGGUGAAUCCAAAUUGUAUACUGUAAAUUUACAUAUGUUGUCUAGACGUACCAUAGGGUUUGAAAACCUGGGCUGGCAUUGGUCACACCAGGCCUAAGAAGGCAGAAGUUGAAUAAAUUGAACUAGGGCACUAAACUAAAUAGUUGACAGUGUCGUUUUAUGUUGAUUAGUAAUUCCUGUUUUUCUUUCUGCUAUCUGUUGGUGCCUGACUUGAUGGCCUCAUUUGGGGAAAAGUGGUGGUUAUUAGGACUUUUUGCUGAAAUGUGUAUCUAUGUAACAUCACUUAAGUGUGCUUAAUAAAUCUUUAAGGAUGUUAGAUAAUAAGGCUACAAUUCAAAAUCUUCUGAACCAUCUAUGUAAUUAAUUGAGGAUUACACAUUGGAAUUGUUGUCAUGACACAUUUGCCAAAUCAGUAGGAUACAUUUGUUUUGGCAGCCUAUCAAGCAAAGGCUAGUGGUAUAUUUAUGUAAGAAAAUGAUUGUAAAUCUCAAGAGAAAUCUCAGCAGCUAAUGGCAAAUCUUUUAUUUCGUUUUGGUCUUACUGCUUUGUAAACAGGUUUAAAACACUGUCAUACUCUGAGCUAUUUUCCACACUAGACAUACUUCUAGUCGUAAUUUCCAUGCUAUUAGACUGUAUAGUGAUGUGAUUUCCAGGUAGAAUUUAAUCUUCCCAUUGAGUGUCAUGGUACAAAUCACUAUUUGUUUUUGAUGUUUUUAGGGGUGUGCAAUGUGCAUUACAUGAUGACAGAAAUAUGGAAGAGGUUAUGUUUGUUCCUUUUAGAGGUGGGAGACAGCAGUUUGCUUUUCAACAGGAAUCUGCUAUUGACUUGAACUUGUUUUUCAUUUACAAGUUAGAAGUGUGACAGGGUUCGAUGGAGCGUGCAUAAAAACGUACUGUUUUUCACCUUUUGUUUAUAUAGAAAUGUUUAUUAAGUAUAUGGGCAUAUCUGUAAGAGGGUAAGUCUGUAUAUGUUCAUCACACAUAUUCACACCUCCUUGUCCUAGGCUCCUGGUUUGUGGAGAAGUGCUACAGUGUACUAGUAGAGUAAAUCUGGCCGUGGGAGGCAAUGCUUUAGGACAAACCCCUGUUGACCUUCAUGUUUCUGAAAAGUAGGUCGGGCUCUCUGGGGGUCUCUCCCAGCUAGAGGAAAGUCACUUCCGUUAUCUCUUCCCCCUUCCUGCUCCCCACCCCGCCACGGUGGCCAUUCAGCAUUUUUACACAUCCCUGAUAUAUUGUAUAUUUUAAUCCAAAGUUAAUACAAGUAGUUUAAGAAACUUAUCCAAGAUUUUUGGAAUGCUAUCCCAUUGUCAGAUAUUAAUAAAGAAUUCCACUGCUUAGUUAAUAACAAGCAAGGUUUUUGUUUUUUAAGAAAGUCAUUUGAAUUGUUAACAGUGAAAUAAUGAGUUUAACAAAGAAAUUUAUUCUGAAUUGCAUUUUAUUCACUUGUGUAAUAGUGUUUUUUAAAAUGUCCCUUUUAGUUAUUUAAUGGAAAUUUGGUUCCUGUAAAAGACAAAAAGGUGAGAAUGAAUGUCCUGUAGAUACACACGAAUAGGCCGUGUGUUACUUAGAAGCAGCUUUCUGUCUAGCUUGUGUCUUUUUGUUUGCUUAUUCUUAAUAAUCCCUGAGAGAUGUUUCUGGAAAAGAAAGUGUUUUGAAAACUAAUGGCUAUUUUCGAGGACAAAAAUUCCAUCUUCAGCUAAUCCCGUAAAUGCAGUAGAUAACUUUUGGGACAUUAUUGCCUCACAACCCUGCUUACAUUGAGAACCCACUCCCCAGCACUUGCUGUUCUGACUGGACUUUUCUAUAAAAGCUAUGGAAAUUCUCUUUGUUCUCAUUUGCUGCUAUUUCUUGUCCUGUUUGGAAAAAUAUAAAUGCAUAGAAAAUGGUGCAUCUUAACCUUUGUUUUUACAUGUAUGAAUAUCUUGUAUUUUAGUUCAUUUUUAGCGUGUAGCAACAUGAAUUGUUUGAGGGUAAGCCACGACAUCUAGAAAUCACUCAGAUCUGAACACCACGAACGGUAAAGCAAAGAGGAUGCUGGUAUAAAAGACCCAGCCGCUAUUGCCGGCUGGCUGAUGAUGCCGCACAUGCCACUGACUGACAGAGGAGGAACGGCUAAUCCAAGAGCCAAGUUGUGCCGCCUCGGGAGAGUGCCACGGCCCGCUGCCGACGGGCACCAGACAUCCUGCACGUGAGAAGCAGUGAACAUUGAAUCUCAGGGAUGGUCCACACCUGGAUCCAAAUGGAACGACCCUGUGUGAAUAAUGAAGGGGGUGGGGAGAGCGGUCCAUCCACAAUCCGGGAUCCCACUUGCCAAGGUUCCCUGCAGUCGUCUGACACUGCCCUGUCGAUGCCCUUUCUUACUCUGUGUUCUCUGUUUUCUCUGUCUGCUGUCUAACCCUGUGCCUUGCCUGGGAUAAGGACAAUGGUGUGACUGGUUUGGAUUGUAAGUAGAGGACUUUGAUUAUUGGUUUAGAGGUUCGCUGCUGCUUUGUCACUUUUUCAAUCAAAUUGGCCACUUACCUAAGAAAUAAAAAGCUGGUAGAAUUGCCUUCUCAGAUGAUUGCUGACUUUUUUGUGUGUGAAAACAGACAUUCCAGUGCACCCUGAUACAGCGUGCCCAAGAAAGCAGGCCACGGGAGCUGUGGUUAGUAAGCCACGUGGAGAGUAGAUGCUCCCUGACCUGGUGUCUGGCUUCUGUGGAGGCUGAGACGUCCCAUUCUGUCUGCGUGGUGUGACCAAUGGCGCGCCCGGAGCACUGCUCAGACGCUAGCGUGCGGUGCUCGCUGCAGUGUGUGCAAGCUUUGGCUCUAGUCUUGUGUCCGUCCUGCUCUCCUGCUGGCCUCUUUUCUGUUUCUGUGUGAACUUCCAGGUGAAUCACUUGUCAAAUAGAUUUUCUUCUUUAACUUAAAAAAAAUAUAUCUAAAAAUAAAGGAUAUUUUGUUUGUUGACAGUGGUGGCUUGAUAAUCCUUAAGCAACUGAAGUUUAAAUUGUUUAAGGAAAAGGCACUUAACAAUGGUUACUCUUUCUGUCCAGCUGUAUAUAAGUCCAAUGUGUUAAUUAAUCUAGAUGAUGCAAAGAAGAAUCUCUGACAGCAAAGUGACAUGUACAAAAUUAGUGGACAAAGUUUUUGUUUUUGUUUUCCCGGCAGGGUAGUGGGGAGGGCUACAAGUCAUGAUGGGACUAAACUGCCUUUUUAUCUUUCCACUGUAUCAUGUAAGUAGCUGAUUUUUCAUCCUGCCUAUCCUUCAGGCGUCCCAAAAGCUCACUCUGAAGAAGUUAGAGGUAAACACAAACUCUUCAAGUUAGAAGUUGAUCCUGACACUGACAUGAAGGCAAACAUUGAUUUUCUAUGAACGUUACAGAGGUGGUAAUCGGAGACAACCGUUCCCCAGAUUGUGAGAGUUAACUGAAGACUAUUGACACAAUUAAAUCAGUAAAGGAAUGUAUAUAAUAUUGCUCUUGUGUUUUACAGUAAGAUUUGUUGCUCUCAGACUGUGUAAAACAAAAUUUAUUCAUGUUUUCUGCAUAUUAAAAAAUCUUAUUGUACCAAUUGGUAAACUAUUAAAUGCCUAUAAAACUA